AUGUUGACUCAACCUUGGUUAAAUAACCCCUCUACCCACCACCUUAUAUACGUACACUCACUCCCCGGAACAAACCAACACAGACCAAAUCACAAAACCAUGAUAGCAAACGUUCAAAUCCCCCACUGGGACUCCGCCGCCGCAGACGGAGCACCUCUCUCCCCGUUCUCUCCCAAUGCGCCCGACACCGCCUCAUUCUCCUCCGAUCAUUUCCGGAUGUUCCAGUUCAAGGUGCGCGCCUGUCCACGUGGCAGGUCCCACGACUGGACCGAGUGUCCGUACGCCCACCCCGCCGAGAAGGCUCGUCGCCGGGACCCCCGCAAGUUCCUCUACUCCGCCGUGGCCUGCCCCGAUUACCGGAAGGGGAACUGCAAGAGGGGUGACACGUGCCAGUUCGCGCAUGGCGUCUUCGAGUGCUGGCUCCACCCUUCUCGCUACAGAACCCAGCUCUGCAAAGACGGAACUAAUUGCCGCCGCAGAGUUUGCUUCUUCGCUCACACUAACGACCAGCUCCGCCUCGUAACCGAAUCAUCCUCUCUUUCCUCUCCCACUUCGGUUAUUAACUCUUCCUUCUCCGAUUCUCCACCCUCUUCUCCUUACGUACAGAACAUACAAGACAUAGUUACCUCAAUGCGGAGUGUUCAACUGGAGGAUGGACUUUAUUCGGGUUUGACCCGGUGCGUGUUCGGGUCACCACGUGGCGGGUUUUUAAGUGCUAAUGGGUGUGAGGAAGAAGAGCCUGCUAUGGAGAGAGUGGAAUCUGGAAGAGAUAUUAGAGCGAGAAUCUACGCGAAGCUUAGUAGAGAGAAUUCGAUUGGAGGUUCUGCUCCUGACAUUGGAUGGGUAUCGGAACUGGUUAAUGGAUUGGGUGGCAUUUGA